UCCUUGAAUUUCUGGUACCUCUCUCUGUCUUCUCAAUUUCAAAACUGAAAUUUGUGUCUCCAUUUUAGAAAACGUCAAAACAAAAACAACAGAACAAAACCAAUGUCUUGGAACAUCCAAAUAACAUUUUUUCAUUGUUGAAUAUAACUUGUCUCAAUAACAAACUCAUAAAGACCAAAAAAAAAGAGAGGUUAAGUUUUGGACAGAAGAUGGGAGCAUAUAGAGCAGAAGAUGAUUAUGAUUACCUCUUCAAGGUGGUCUUAACCGGAGACUCCGGCGUGGGGAAAUCUAAUCUGUUAUCUCGUUUCACCAGAAAUGACUUCAGCAACGACUCACGUGCCACCAUCGGUGUUGAGUUCGCCACACGUAGCAUCCAAUGCGAUGACAAGAUCGUCAAGGCUCAAAUCUGGGAUACCGCCGGUCAAGAAAGGUACCGAGCCAUCACGAGCGCAUAUUACCGAGGAGCCGUUGGCGCGUUGCUAGUCUACGACGUGACGCGUCACGUGACGUUCGAGAACGUUGAGAGAUGGCUAAAGGAGCUAAGGGACCACACCGACGCGAACAUUGUGAUAAUGCUCGUUGGUAACAAAGCUGAUCUUCGUCACCUUCGAGCCAUCUCUACCGAAGAUGCCAAGGGGUUUGCGGAGAGAGAGAACACGUUCUUCAUGGAGACAUCUGCGCUUGAAGCUCUGAACGUUGAGAAUGCCUUCACCGAAGUUCUCACUGAGAUUUACAGAGUGGUUAGCAAGAAAGCGCUUGAAGCUGGAGAUGAUCCAACCACUGCUUUGCCUAAAGGACAGACGAUUAACGUCGGAGAUAUCUCGGCUGUUAAAAAACCUGGUUGCUGCUCUGCUUAGAUACACAACCAUUGUAUUUUAUUUAUUAAACAUUUAACAUUUUCACUAAUUUCUUGCACAUUUGUAUACAUACAUACAUUCUUGGAAAAUCAUCAGACAAACAAAGUUUUUUUCUUGUUAA